AUGAUUCGGGAAUUCUUGAAAGAUAAUACAGAAAAUUGUUUUGAUCUGAUGACCAUGAGUGAGAACCUUGACGAAACUGAUAGAAAGAGUGGCAAAUCAUUAUUAUAGAUUGCAAUAACAAACCAUAAUUUAACAUUAAUCAAAGCGUUACUAAUGAAGAAGGCUGAUGUUAAUUUUCAGAAUAAAAUUGAUAAGAGCACUCCUUUAUUUACAUCAAUUUAAUUAAAUUUCUUGGAAGCAGCGUAAGCUCUAUUAUAAACCCAUCAAGUAAAUGUUGAAGUGGAAAUAGAAAGUAGAACUUAUUUAGAACAUGCAGUGGUGAUUGGAUCUGAACAAAUGAUCUAAUUGCUAAUUAGUAAUAAGCAAAAUAUAUUUAGAAUAUAAGGUACCAAUUAAGGAGAAUCUAUUGCAUUUAGCAAUUAAUGCAGAAAAAGAUGAAAAUGCAUAAUUUUUAAUUUAAAAUGAUAUUGGAUUGUUAAAUUAAGAUGAAGAUCAAGAGAAUGUUUUACAUAUAUUAGCAUUUAGUGGUAAUGCUGAAUUACUUAAUGCAAUAAUUAAAAGAUACAUAAAUAAGCCAUUCUAAAUUGAUAUAUGGAAUCAAUAAAAUAAAGAAGGAAAUGCGCCAUUACAUAUUGCAGCGAUUAAUGAUAAGUAAUUAUUUUUGAAGUUAUUGCUUUAAAAUAAGGAUACUAUCAAUUUGGAUGUGAGCAAAUUAAAUAGAGCUGGAUUAAGUUAUUAAUAAAUAAUUGAAAAUAGGAAAAGGAAAGCAGAACUUGAAUAAUAAAAGUAGUAAAUUAGAAAAAGAUAGAUAGCAUAACACAGAGUAACUAUUUAAUUAAUAGUUUAGAAAGAAAGACAAGAUUAAAGAGUUAAGGAAAUAGAGAGUUAAAUAAUAAAAGAUAAAGAAGAAGAUAGAAUAAAAAAAGAAUUAAAAGCUAAUAAACAUAUCCUGUAGAAGAAAGAGGAUACAAAAAAUAGGCUUAGGAUGUUAGCCAUCUUUGCAACUAUAAUCCUAGGAGCUUAUAUACUUUUUUACUCUAAUAUAUAGAAUAAUAUGAGUAUUUAAAUAUGA